CCCCGAACGCCCAUAUCCGGGUUCCCUCCGCCGCCGCCGCCGCCGCCGCCGCCGCCUCGCUCUUUCAGCCCUGUCAGGAGCGGUGUGAUUCCCGACCAAGAUGGCGGCCGUGGGGCGAGUCGGCUCGUUCGGUUCCUCUCCACCCGGGCUCGCCUCGACUUACGCCAGCGGGCCCCUGGCUAACGAGCUGGCGUCGGGCAGCGGCGGCCCCGCGGCGGGCGACGAUGAGGACGGGCAGAACCUUUGGUCCUGCAUCCUCAGCGAGGUGUCCACGCGCUCGCGCUCCAAGCUCCCGACCGGGAAGAACGUGCUGCUGCUGGGUGAAGAUGGAGCUGGGAAAACAAGCUUAAUAAGAAAAAUGCAGGGAGUAGAGGAGUACAAGAAAGGAAGAGGACUGGAGUAUCUGUACCUAAAUGUCCAUGAUGAAGACAGGGACGAUCAGACAAGAUGUAAUGUGUGGAUCUUAGAUGGAGACCUGUAUCACAAAGGGCUGCUCAAGUUCUCACUGGACGCCCUUUCUCUGAAGGACACUCUGGUCACACUGGUUGUUGACAUGUCAAAGCCUUGGACUGCUUUGGAUUCCUUACAGAAGUGGGCAAGUGUGGUGAGAGAACAUGUUGACAAGCUGAAAAUCCCCCCUGAAGAGAUGAAAGAAAUGGAGCAGAAGUUGAUUAGAGACUUCCAGGAAUAUGUGGAGCCAGGAGAAGACUUCCCAGCUUCUCCUCAGCGAAGAACCACGGCUGCACAGGAGGAUAGAGACGAUAGCGUCGUCUUGCCCCUGGGUGCAGACACACUCACACACAACCUGGGCCUCCCAGUGCUCGUAGUGUGUACAAAGUGUGAUGCCAUUAGUGUAUUGGAGAAAGAACAUGACUACAGAGAUGAACACUUUGAUUUUAUUCAGUCACACAUCCGCAAGUUCUGUUUACAGUAUGGUGCAGCACUUAUUUAUACUUCAGUAAAAGAGAACAAGAACAUAGACUUAGUUUAUAAAUACAUCGUCCAGAAGCUGUACGGGUUCCCCUACAAGAUUCCUGCAGUGGUGGUGGAGAAGGAUGCAGUGUUCAUUCCAGCAGGGUGGGAUAAUGAUAAGAAAAUAGGAAUAUUACAUGAAAAUUUUCAAACUUUGAAAGUAGAAGAUAAUUUUGAAGACAUCAUAACCAAACCACCUGUCCGAAAGUUUGUGCAUGAGAAGGAGAUUAUGGCAGAAGAUGACCAAGUGUUCCUUAUGAAGCUACAGUCUCUUUUAGCAAAGCAACCACCAACUGCAGCUGGAAGGCCUGUGGAUGCAUCACCAAGAGUCCCUGGCGGUUCCCCUAGAACACCAAACAGAUCUGUGUCAUCCAAUGUAACCAGCGUGUCCUCCAUCCCUGGUGGAACAAAAAAAAUUGAUCCAAACAUGAAAGCUGGAGCAACGAGUGAAGGCGUCCUGGCAAAUUUCUUCAACAGUCUGUUGAGUAAGAAGACUGGCUCUCCUGGAGGCCCUGGGGUCGGAGGGAGUCCUGGAGGAGGGGCUGCCAGUGGAAGCACCAGUUUGCCGCCAUCUGCCAAAAAGUCAGGCCAGAAGCCUGUGCUCUCAGAUGUUCACGCAGAGCUAGACAGAAUCACACGGAAACCUGCUUCUGUUUCUCCUACAUCACCUACAUCUCCCACGGAAGGAGAAGCCUCCUGAAGAUACCAAACAAAGCCAUUGUUCAUUCUGGGGUUCCUCUGUGUAACAAGGCCUGGCUGUCCUGGAGCUUGCUUUGUAGAUCAGGCUGGCCUUGAAUUCACAGAAAUCUACCUGCCUCUGCCUCCCAGGUGCUGGGAUAAAGGCGAGCGCCACCACUGCCCUGCUACCAUGUUUUUCUGAAGAAGAGUGAUCAGUUGUCAGAAUUUGCACACCAACAGCACUGUAGUCACACCUGAGGUGUGCUGAGAAAGUCACACACGGUUGUCUCCCUUCGUGAUUCCUAAGUUACCAUCAAAAGGACCAGAACCAUUGGCCAAGAUGCUCCUUUAAUCAAGAAAGAAAGCAAGCACACCGCCUGAGGGUGAGAGAUGCUGGAGUUGUGAACAAGGAAAGAGAACCGGCUUUGCAGUUGUCUAUACACAUAUAUAUAUAUAUAUAUAUGUCUGUGUGUGUAUAUAUAUAUAUGGCUCUGCCUUAAUAUACUCCUUUUUUGUUCAUGACUUUCAACUGUAAUCACUUAAUAAAGUAUUUAUUCUCUGCA